CUCCCCUCUCCCCCCCCAGCACCCCGGGCAGCCUCAGCAGGGGCCGCCGGCGACGGGGGCUGGAGCGACCGGUACAGGGGGCAGCUCCAAAUCCAAACCUAUCAACCGGAUAAGCACCGUGGUGUGAGCAGGGGGUGGGGCUCCAGGGUCUACAGGUCAGACGAUAGGGUGGAGGUGGUGGGACGAUCCAGGGCUCGAACCAAGUGUUCCAGGACCGAAAGUUACAGCAGCAGCGCCAGCGAGAAAAAGAAGCGCAGCCUGCUUCGCCUCUGUUACUUUCACCUGCGCUUCCCGCAUAUGUAAGCGGACUUUUCCGGGCGCUUGAAGAUGUCGCAGAUGUUGCCACACACAAUCAAGAAAGUCUAUAGCCAUAUAAUUUUAGAUGAAACCUGAAUCCAUAUUCAGGCUUUUGGCCUCAGUUUUGUUUUAAAGUCUAGAGUUUAUGUAUGAGACUUUCCACAUGUACAGUACCGAGAUGUGAUUGCGCGACAAGAGCGAUUUUAAUCUGGAUGUAAAUAAAGACCGAUCUAUGAGA